AUAUUCGCUCUUUACGUUCAUAAUAUAGCGAAUAUGAGUCAUAAACGUGGUUUAUAUGGACUGGUUUCUUUCGAGCGAUUUUGAUUGGUUGAGAAUUUGACAGCGGCCAGUACAAAAGUUUUUGCGUGAAAAUAAUAGGAAAGACACGAGAAGAUGGCUUUGUCUCUCACAACACCUAGGUCAGCCCUACGCACGCUGAAUGAGGCGAACAUACCCAUACAGAAGAUGCAGCCUCAGAAGGCCAUGUCAGCUCCUUCAAAUUCCUUCAAAAAUGUCGCCAAACAACAGUUCAAGCCUUUGGGUUCAGCUCCUGAUUGUUCAAAGCCUGGACUGAAAAUUCAUGUUGAUCCAGCACCUGUGAAAACAAAGUCAAAAGUGAAAGAAAAAGUCAUAGUUGUGGAGCAAUUACCAGAAAUCGAAAAACUCUUCAUUUGUAACCCAGAAGAUGAAAUACGUCCACGUGUUGAUGAGCGUGCAGAGAGCAUGUUGAGGAAGUUGACCCGCUGGGGUAUGCCGUGUCUGUACGGGAGACAGGAACUUGACAGUUCCAUGUCAGAUGACGAGAGUGAUGAGACGGAGCAUGGCUGCAAACUCGGAGAUAUUGAUGAAUUCGACCGGUUCAUGGCCAACGACCUUGCCACUAUCCCAGAGAUAGAGGAGAUCCCACUGCCACCCCUUGAUGAGAUUCCUGGCAUCGAGGACCUUCCCCUCCCUUUCCUGGACGACUCCAUCGACAUCGAACCCAACAUGGGCACCCUGGAGGUGUGGGAUAGCUCCACGCCUCUAACUCUCUCCCCUGCCUCCAAAAAUAUGGGCAUGGACAGCAUUGGGGACGGCUCGGACACCAACAUGAACACCUCAGUGUAAUUGUCAUCUUGCCUUAAUGAGCCGGCUUCUUGGAUAACGAGGCUUAAUGCAUGUGCUGAAAGUGUCCUUCAAGAUUGCAGUCAUUGCCAAUCCUGGACUACUCUUUCGGCUUUUUUUUUUAAUUUAUAAGUUCAAGGAAUUCUCUUUUAAAUAGAAAUCCAGUCUAGGCGCAAAGUAUUGUCCCUUAUAAGGCUGUGAGGACUUCACAUGCUAAUCUGGGCCAAGUGUUUACACACAUGCAUUUAACCCUCACUUGUUUUUGUAAUUUUUUUUUAAAUAUACUGCAGUGUAUUAACAAAAAGAUAAAAGGUGAUAACAUGUACAUAGUAUUGGGUGUGUAUGAUAUGUGCAUUAGCUAGUUCAGUUAAUAAUGAAACGUAUUGUCCAAUUUCUAUGAUUUGGUUACCAUUUGCUAUUCACAAAAUAUAGGUUAACUUAAUUUGAUUGGGAGUACUAUGUUUAUAUAGUGAGUAAUCUUUGUGUAACAGUAACAUGAUAUUGAGCCUAGCUAUUGGAAAACAGGGCUUAAUGCAUGUGUGCACAGGGUUUUCCCAGAUUAGCCUGUGCAGCGUGCAUAUGCUAGCUAAUCUGAGAUAACACUGGGCACAUGCAUUAAGCCCAGUUUUCCCAGAGCAACUCUCAUAUUUUUAUUUGGAAUGCCUAUCAAUGAUUAUUUAACCUAAGCAAAGGGAAUUAAAUUAAUUUUUCUUUACAUUGAUAUUUUUUGGAUGAUACAAAUUAGAUAAAAAUGUAUUUUCUUUUCCUUUAAAUAUAUUUUGUGGAUAUUUUCAAUAAGUUAAAAUAAUGUGUGAAAAAGUCUUGGCAACUUCAAAUAAUAACAAAUUAAUGAAACUAAGACUAUUUGUGCUUUGGUUUUCAUUGGCUUAUGUUUUCUGAUAAAAACUUAAGUGAGAGCUAAACGUUAAUUGACUUAUUGCCUGUAGUCUGUAUUUCUUCUAAUUUCUUUGUGAACAGUUGUAAGUGUAAAUAGCAUUGUCUAAUAUGUACAUUUGUAAAUAGUUUCAUGUCGUUUUAUGCUUAGUUUACUUUGUAAUAAAAUUAUUGAAAUAA